CCGCUGCUGCCGAACCGCCCGCCUGCCCGCCCGCCGCCCGUUCCUCGCGUCAGUAGGCGAGAGUCCGGUGUUGGGUGCGGAGCCUGCGGUCGUUCCCGCGGCCUCCUCCUCCUCCCCGUUCCCCUCACCCCCAUCCCAUACCCCUUUCCCCAUCCCGGCUCCGUCACCCUCCCGCCCCCCACACUCAGGACAAGAAUGCCCUGCCCGGAACAACCUAGCAGCGCCUAGAUGGCUUUGGUCACGGUCCAGCGGUCGCCUACCCCCAGCACCACCUCCAGCCCCUGCGCCUCGGAAAAAGAAAAUACUUGUGAUACUAGCAUUGAUCAAGAGUGGAAGAAAACUACUUCCAAUUAAUGACAGAAAGUCAACCUACUACUGCCCUUGCAUCUUUAAUGACAGACAUUUUGCAAGAGCUCAAAACAGAAGAAGUGUUCAGGAGGCAGACAGUGGGGAGGAGGAAUGCCGGUCACAGCCCCGGAGCAUCAGCGAGAGCUUUCUAACUGUCAAAGGUGCUGCCCUUUUUCUACCACGAGGAAAUGGCUCAUCCACACCAAGAAUUAGCCACAGACGCAACAAGCAUGCAGGUGAUCUCCAACAGCAUCUCCAAGCAAUGUUCAUAUUACUCCGCCCAGAAGAUAACAUCAGGCUGGCUGUAAGACUAGAAAGUACUUACCAGAACAGAACACGCUAUAUGGUAGUGGUUUCAACCAAUGGUAGACAAGACACUGAAGAAAGCAUCGUCCUGGGAAUGGAUUUCUCCUCUAAUGACAGUAGCACUUGUACCAUGGGCUUAGUCCUGCCCCUCUGGAGUGAUACCCUAAUUCAUUUGGAUGGUGAUGGUGGGUUCAGUGUAUCAACGGAUAACAGAGUGCACAUAUUCAAACCUGUAUCUGUACAGGCAAUGUGGUCUGCACUACAGAGUUUACACAAGGCUUGUGAAGUGGCCAGAAUGCAUAACUACUACCCAGGCAGCCUGUUUCUCACCUGGGUGAGUUAUUACGAGAGCCACAUCAACUCAGAUCAGUCAUCAGUCAAUGAAUGGAAUGCUAUGCAGGAUGUGCAGUCCCACCGGCCUGACUCUCCAGCUCUCUUCACAGACAUACCAACUGAACGUGAGCGAACAGAGAGAUUAAUUAAAACCAAAUUAAGGGAGAUAAUGAUGCAGAAGGAUUUGGAGAAUAUCACAUCCAAAGAGAUACGAACUGAGUUGGAAAUGCAAAUGGUGUGCAACUUACGAGAAUUCAAGGAAUUUAUAGAUAAUGAAAUGAUAGUGAUCCUUGGUCAAAUGGAUAGCCCUACCCAGAUAUUUGAGCACGUUUUCUUGGGCUCAGAAUGGAAUGCCUCUAAUCUAGAGGAUUUACAGAACCGAGGGGUGCGGUAUAUCUUGAAUGUCACUCGAGAGAUAGAUAACUUCUUCCCAGGAGUCUUUGAGUAUCAUAACAUCCGAGUAUAUGAUGAAGAAGCAACAGAUCUCCUGGCUUACUGGAAUGAUACCUACAAAUUCAUCUCUAAAGCAAAGAAACAUGGAUCUAAAUGCCUUGUGCACUGCAAAAUGGGGGUGAGUCGCUCAGCCUCCACUGUGAUUGCCUAUGCAAUGAAGGAAUAUGGCUGGAAUCUGGACCGGGCCUAUGACUACGUGAAGGAAAGGCGGACAGUGACCAAGCCCAACCCCAGCUUCAUGAGACAACUGGAAGAGUACCAGGGGAUCUUGCUGGCAAGCAAACAGCGGCAUAACAAGCUCUGGAGAUCUCAUUCAGAUAGCGACCUCUCAGACCACCAUGAACCCAUCUGCAAACCAGGGCUAGAACUCAACAAGAAGGAGAUCACCACCUCAGCAGACCAGAUUGCCGAGGUGAAGACCAUGGAGAAUCACCCACCCAUACCUCCCGUCUUUGUGGAACACGUCGUCCCACAAGAUGAAAAUCAGAAGGGCCUAUGUACCAAAGAAAGAAUGAUCUGCUUGGAGUUUACUUCUAGGGAAUUUCAUGCUGGACAGAUUGAAGAUGAAUUAAACCUAAAUGACAUCAAUGGAUGCUCAUCAGGGUGUUGUCUCAAUGAAUCAAAAUUCCCUCUUGACAACUGCCAUGCAUCCAAAGCCUUAAUCCAACCUGGACAGGCCCCAGAAAUUGCCAACAAGUUCCCAGACUUAACAGUAGAAGAUCUGGAGACAGAUGCCCUGAAAGCAGAUGUGAACGUGCACUUACUGCCUCUGGAAGAAUUAACAUCUCGCCUGAAGGACCUUCCCAUGUCCCCUGAUCCUGAAUCACCGAGCCCCCAACCCAGUUGCCAGGCUGAAGUCUCAGAUUUCAGUACGGAUCGCAUUGAUUUUUUUAGCGCCCUGGAAAAGUUUGUAGAGCUUUCCCAAGAAACCCGGUCCCGAUCUUUUUCCCACUCAAGGAUGGAAGAACUGGGUGGAGGAAGGAGUGAGAGCUGUCGACUGUCAGUGAUGGAAGUAGCCCCUUCCGAAGGGACAGCUGAUGACCAGAGAAGCAGCUCUUUGAGUAAUACUCCCCAUGCAUCUGAAGAAUCUUCAAUAGAUGAGGAACAGUCAAAGGCAAUCUCAGAACUGGUCAGCCCAGACAUCUUCAUGCAAUCUCACUCAGAAAAUGCAAUUUCAGUCAAAGAAAUCGUUACUGAGAUUGAAUCCAUCAGUCAAGGAGUCGGACAGAUUCAACUGAAAGGAGACAUCCUGUCUAACCCAUGCCAUACGCCAAAGAAGCAUACCAUCCAUGAGCUGCCCCUUGAGAGAGCCCAGGCCCUGGAGAACAAACCUGGAAAUCUGGAGCAUAGUGAGGGUUCCUACACAGCCCAGCCUGAACUAGCCAAAGACUCAGGGAAGUGGGACCUAGAAGGCUGCCUAACCACACACUCAUCCACUGCAGAGCUGGAAGACGAGGAACCAGCUGAGGAGGAACAAGAACUUUGGGGCCCUGGAAUGCACCCAGGUGCCAAGUGGUACCCUGGGUCCGUGAGGCGAGCCACCUUGGAGUUUGAAGAGCGCUUGCGACAGGAGCAAGAGCACCAUGGUGCCGCGCCUGGUUGUGCCUCAUUGUCCAUUCGCAAGAAUUCCAAGAAUGAUUUCUCUGUGGCAGACCUAGCACCAAAAGGGAAGAGUGAUGAAGCUAGCCUUGAACUUUGUUUUGUCCCCAAGGAACCAGAGAUUAACAAGGGCAAAGGGAAGUGCAGUGGGUCCGAAGCUGGCUCACUACCCCAGUCUGAGCAAGUAGCCUUUGGUCCAGCACCUGAGCUGCUGCAGUUUCAAGAGCGCCCAGGGUCAGACACUAGAACAAAGCAGGAAGGAGUCCUGAAGGAGCAGAGGACUGUGGUUUCGUGCCAGGGAUCUGAGACACAGGCAGCCCCUCUCUCCCUUCCCAAGAAGGUGGAAAUCAUUGAGUAUCCCCAUGCGGUUCCAUCCCCCAAUCAUCCUGGGCCAGGGGGUGAAAGAGCCACCAGCAUAAAGAGUGGGGAGCAGGGACUGAGGAAAGCAAAAGUAGAGGACUCCGUCCCUAUCCUCUGUGCACUGGAUGAAAAUCUGAACAGGACUCUGGGCCCCACCCAGGCUCCUCUGCACCCCAACGUGCUACCUCUGCCUCAUUCUUCCCCUCCUGAGCACGACAGUCCCACUGACCUGACCUCCACCCUGAGCAGCCCUGAAGCCUGGGACGACAGCCUGUCGACAGCCCCGGAAACAGGAGCACCUUUUGUCGGUCGCACAACCCAUGUACCAUCUGCCAACUUGGAUCACGCACAUCCCCAGACUAUAGUUCAUCUGGAAGGCUUCACAGAGCAAAGCAGUACCACAGACAACGAGCCCUCUUCAGAGCAGGGUAGCUGGGAAGAAAGUCAGGAGGGCCCCUUUUCCAGUGGCAAUGAAGUGCCAUACAAGGACUCCCAGUUAACUAGAGAAGACCUAAGCCAACUCGGUAACAAUAUUGAGGAGUUACAAGAAAAACCAGACCCACUUCCUGUAGCCUGUCAACUCCCACACAGCUCUAGUGGUGACAGCAUAAAGGGUCUCAGCCAUAGCCCCGGUGUGGUGAAGGAGCGCACUAAAGAAAUCGAGUCCCGAGCGAUUUGCCAGGGAGGGCUCACCAAACCAUCCCAAAUGAGGCAUUCAGCUUCCCUCGCCAAGUUAGGUUACUUGGACCUCUGUAAAGACUGUUUAUCGGAGAGAGAGCCUCUCUCCUCUGAUCCCCCUCAUCUCAAGCUGCUUCAGCCCUUCAACAGAACGGACACAGGCAUGCACGCCAUGGAGGCCCAGGAGCCCUCAGAAAACCCAGAUGCCCCCCAGAACCUAGAACCCACCAAGUAUUUUAUAGAACAGCUCAAAACAACGGAGUGUAUCGCGCAGAGCAAGCCAGUGGAGAAGCCCAUCGUACAGUAUGCCAAAGAAUUUGGUUACAGUCAGCAGUGUUUGCUCCCCAGGGCAGGACCCAAAUUGACUAGUUCUGAAGGAGGCCUUCCUUUGCCACAACCCCAGGGACUGCAGCGCGCAGGCCCAGCUCCAGCGCUGGCUGUGGCGCCCCGUCAGCAGCACGGCCGAACUCACCCCCUUAGGAGACUUAAAAAAGCAAAUGAUAAGAAACGGACAACCAACCCCUUCUAUAAUACCAUGUGAUUCUGAGCCUACACGUGUGACUUUCUGAAAGAAAUGUUUGUAAAAGGGGCAGGUGUAAUAUGUAAGGAACAUGCACUUUAUGGGUUAAUUUUAUAAUAUUUUGGUCAUUUUACUGUUCCUGGCGCAUGCAGGGUUUGGGUUGGUUUUUUUCCCCCCUCUGUGUACGUGUGCGUGAAAGAGGAAAAGAGAUUGAUUCAGACAGCAAGACCAUUUUAGCAUUUUUUUAUUUUUAGAAAACUCAAACCUCAAAAAAUACUCAUUUUCAAAGAGCACCUUUAUCAAAGGCAAAUUGCUGUUUUUCAGUCAGCUCCCACCUGCUCCUCAUUUGCCCUCCGAGAAAAAGCAUGCUUGCUUACUUGCUUGAGGAAGGAAGUAGCUGGAGAGGGUGGGGAUGAAGCUGGAAAUCGGAAAUGCUCCCCUGGGCCUGUGUGAUGAUGGUUUGGGCUUCAGACCUGAUGCAUGGGACUGAGCUGAAGGGCCGCUGCAAGUCCACGGGCUCUCAGCCUUGGGCCCACUGAGAGUUCCCAAGGCGGGCAGGUUCUGCUUUGCCCUCAAAGGGGCGGGGGGGGUCUUCCAGAAGCCACUUCUUCUGGAUUCCUGAGUCCAUCAUUACCGAAAGGCAGGAUAAUGGCUGGCUUUGUAAACUUAACAAGCAAAUAGGUCCCCCCCACCCAGCACAUGAUUUUUAAAUUAAAAGUGAACCCCAAAUGAAAUCUGAGAGAUCUGUGUCGAGGAAAGCAUAUGAGGAGGAGGAGGCAAAGUCUGCAGAGGCUGCUGCCCGGUGUCUUCCGGGUCAGUAUCUUCCUGCACAUGGGCGGUCACCCUGGCCCUCCCUGUCAGGAAAUGUGCUCUGCAGCAUCCUUUCAACUAAAACAGAACGGGGACAAGUUUGAAAAACAGCAAUUGAAAGUCAGUGUGUUCUUGUAAAAUGAAUACGUACGUAGGGUUUUAACACUUCCAUUACUUGAAUAAUUCUGUGGGCCUUCUGUGUUUAAUGGCCAUAUAUUUUUCCAAUUUACUUUUCUCCCUCAUGCUGUUUCUCCCAGUGCUGCCCUUUUUUAAAAAUUUCAUAGAUGAUAUCUGAAUUGUUACAUUACCUAUGUAUAACCUCCAUUGAACGCGAAGUUUUCUUACCGAUGUUAUCACUGUUAACACUUGACAUGGGUUGUUUUGUUUUUUGUUUUUUCCUGGAAGAUUUGUCAUUUCUCUAGUUUAUACACAGUAUUUAUGUACAUAAUGUCACUUUCUUACAGUGUUUUGUUGUUGAUGUCGUAGGAUCUUUUUUAUUUAAUCUUUUUAAGAAGGAUAAAGCUGCAACUGGAGAAAACAGACACCACAGAAAUAAAACUGAUGGGUGUUGGUAGGAAUCUGCAGAGUAUAUCGAUGGUGGUUUUAAUUGUUAAGAUGGAGACUUCUGAUCGCCAGCUCCUGCCAAAUUAUGUGUUAGUAACUUCCUCCUCAGAGAAACCCCUAAAGGCUCCCAUUAGAUCACAGUUUGACUGAAAGCUGAUUUCUCUUUGAGACUGAAAUCCCAGAGCGGGUUGUUUGCCAGGAGCUGAACCACAGCCAGGGAGUGUAUGUGAGUGAUACCGCUGCCCAGGGCGGAAGCUUCCGAUGGAUUGGGCUGAAGGUUCAUGGGCAGGCAGGCCCCCCACCAAGGGCAGGCACCCACUAUUGACUCCAUUUAGGAUGCUUUUGCUUCGUUGCUAUUGUGCAGCUCCUUAACACAGGAGCACUUGCCAUAAACAAGCCUAUUUGGGCUUCUUACAGAAAGCAUUUAGCCUGGAAUGAAAUACCUUCUGCAGCUCAUCAAAACUGAAGAGGUUUGCAAAUUUGCUUCCUGUUUGCUUUGGUUGAUGUCCACGUGGCUGAGAGGUUGACCAAGUACAGACUUGGGCUUUGGUUUUUGGCUCAUCACAGCACUGAGAGGAAAGACAGAUACCCAGACUGUCAAGGCGAUUGUCAGAGGCCAGAGUUUGGUGGGGGGCAGAUAGUGGGGUGACCUCCAGGGGAGAGAAAAGGUGGCCCGAGGCCAUUCAUAGGUGCUCCAGGGGAGCCGUGAAUCUGGGUGCUGUGUGGAAGUUGGUCAGGUCUCACUUCGCUGCCAGGUGGUGGAUUGGACAGAAACCUCCUGCUCUAAGUGUCUUUAUGAUGUAGUAAUUAUACGUACCUGUGCUGUCUUUAAAUAGUUUCCUUGAAUGUUCGAAUGUAUCCUCCACACACACGGCUUUGUGGUUCCUGGAUGUUUAAUGUGUUGUCAAGUGUUUUUGUUAGUUGGUGUGUACAGUGCGAGGAGGCUUGCAAGACAGAGUUAUGAAUUUCCAGGGCUCAUCCUGCUAAACAGCCCUGCCUUGUUGAGCCAGUUCCACCACCACCAAUACAAGAGGGAAAGGACAGGAAAUUGUGGCAGGGGCAGGGAGAGAACGAUUUGCACUGAGGUGAAGAGAGCGGUGUCCCCUCAUUAACCCUUUGAAAUGGUGACAUCCCUCACAUAGAGAAUUAUAAGCAGGAUGGACAGUAUUACACUGUUCUCUCUCCUCCCCUGCAGCGGUGGUUCAUGCUCACCAUCCCUGCAUUAAGUAACAGCAGCUGUGGGGAGAUCUUCUAAUGCUGUGAAGAAAACUUUUUUUAAAGGAAAAGGAAAUAGUCUUGCUCUCGCUUCCUUCUUUUAAGUAACAUUCUUGGUUCUCAUUUAAUUUACCUGCCUCAAGAAACAUCCUCCAUUCAGGGUCUGUAAUUCACCCAUGCUGUGGGGUUCCUGCCAGCCUCUCAAACCCCCGACAACUGAGGGUUCUUGUGUUAUUUGCAUAGCUGAGCAAUGUCCAGGGGAAGUACAUGAUGAGCCAUCAAGGACUUCUCAGACUUUCUUGUCCUCAGACUUUUUGAUAAUCUCAGGUGGCCUAUUUCCCUUUUCUGUUCAUGGAAAGCUCAGACCCAGAACUGCAGGUCCGGUGGUUUGACAGAGAUGAGUAGGAAAAGUCUUGACCUCUUGCUCAGUGCCUCUCUUUAUUUUGAAAACCACCGUAGUCUGACUCUCAGUUACCCUGGAGGAGAGAGAGAGAGAGAGAGAGAGAGAGAGAGAGAGAGAGAGAGAGUGUGUGUGUGUGUGUGUGUGUGUGUGUGUGUGCAUACACAGAUACACGCACACCUGUGCAAAAAUACUUUAAAAAGUAAUGUUUUGGUGCAUGGGGUAGAAGCCCCAGGAGCAUGCAACUUUUGAGCUGUAAUCUGGAGGGUUACCUGGUGAGUAGGAAGGAGAGAGACUUCAACCCUUUCUUGAUUUUAGAAACACUUAGGAGUAGUAUAUACUAUAGUAGACCUAUAGUACUGUAUUAUAGUAAUAAUCAUCUCUCCUCAUUUUGGUUGCCCUUCAGAGUCUUAAUGUUUGGGAUCAUUCUUAGCACCCUAGCUUCUUCAAGCUCUUGAGGUAGCAUUUUCCUGGUUCUGUACCUGUAUCCCAACCCUAUCUCAUCUGGGGAACUACAAAGAGCUCCAAGGACAGCCUUGAGAAUGAAAGCCCAGGCUCUGAGGUCCCCUCUUGCUCAAGGGCCCCAGACAGAGACUUUUGGAUAGACCUGAAGUUUCUCAGACAUAGCCACUCACAAAAAUCUUCAUCUGUUCCAUCUGAGGAUUUCAGUUUUAAAGUGAUCUAGGCAUGUUUGGUAGAGAAGUUUCUAUGGGAGUUUUCUUUUUUUCUUUUACGAAAGCAUUAUGCAAAGAGGGCCAGUUUUUAAGGGCAUUUUAAAAUUUUUAAAUAAAGCCAUUCUUUGGCUCUUUUUGACAACUAUUUGUGGAUACUUUGUUUACAUUGUGAUAAUUAAAACACGCAUCCUCUUGACAGCCGCUCCUCCCUUCCUCCAGGCACACGGCCCUGGCUGUCCUGUGAGUCCUCUCACAGAGCGAGGCCGAGGCCUCCGUGGUCAGCCCUGACUCACAGGGGACUGGGGGGAUGACCCGGAGCUGACUUCCAUCUGUGUCCUGCACUCCCUUUCAACACUCUGUGUGGAAUUAGCCCUUUCCUCAGUCAGUGAUGGUGUGUCUUACAGUGAUGGUUGUAACGGUGAAUGGCUAGUGUCCUUUUUGUCUCAGUUUGUUUUGCUUUUUGAUGGUAGAUGAAAUUUUAGCUCUUUCAGCACCAGUCCAACUUGAAGGUAUCUUGGACUUUGUUUUCCCUCCCAGACUUAAAAGAUCAAGGCAUGUAUUAGGCAUAAAUAUAUUUGCUGCCUCAACUCAUCUGACACCCAGAUUAGGAAACAGCCUGUCACCAAAGCAGGAAGCUGCACACUCCUAACCCCUGUCCCAGGCCUCUGGGGUCCCUCGAUGCCAUGCAGAGCUAAUGCAAGGUGCUUGUGUACUUUCCCAGCCUGGAAGUGAAGGGUGACUGGCCCUGGCUCCUGCUAUGAAAGAAAACCAGCAUCAUUUUCUCAGUGCCCCAGAGACCUAAGACAGGAUUUCUAAACUGGAAUCAUCCCUCACUGGCUUGAAGAUGCCUCAGGGGGUAUAUGACUAGUGCUGCCCUCUGGGUCCUCACAGACACUGGUGGCUUUGUCCUCUGUACACAUGCAGAGCUAAUACCCAGGGCUUCAUUCAAGCAGAUGACCCAAUCUGGAAACUGGGCAACUGGCCCUGAAAUGAUUCUCCGCAAACAGGCCCACAGGGAAUUGUUUGGUUUUUGUGGUUUUUUCGGAUUUUGGUUUGCCUGGCAUAGCUUAAGGUGCCUUUUAUUUUUUUUUUCUUUCUACUUUAUUUUGUAGGACUUGUUCUACAUGUAGAAAACAAGUCCAAAAAACUCUCCCACUGACUGUUACCUUUGCCCCAGGCCAGUCCAAACUUUUAUGCUCACAUUUUAUUAAAUAAAGCAGGUGCUCCCUGGAAUCUCUGGGACCUUUUUGAGGCAUUUGAAGCAGAAUAUAAAGAGUGGUCUCAUCUCCUUCCUUAAUCUUCCUGGUGGUUGGGAUGUUCCACUUGUAUCAUAGAUUUUUUUUUAUUACUGAUGUGCUCUGCUGUUUUUAAAUGUGAACUUGUGCGCAAAUGUGCAGAUUCAAUGUUCUUGUUACAGAUUAAAUAAAUUUUUAUUUUGAA